GUACUUCCCCUGAAAUACUCCAAUUAAUUAGCUAGACUCCCAGAUUAAAACAAAAUCGGUGCAGUAGCCACUAAGAUCCACCAAGACAUUGACCCACUUUCGGGUUACAUUUUUGGCAGAAAUGUGAGUUUUUGCUUUCGGUUCAGGUCAAUGCACAUGAGUUCGCCGAGUGUAACAUGUAUUUUUUCCCCUCUGACUAUUGUUUUGCCAUGUGGGCGAUUAUACUCUGAUGAUGAUGAUGGCGGUGGAUUUGGGUGGGCGGCCCGAAUUACCAUAUCACAACAAUGAUGCCCUGGAAAAAUGCGAGGCAAUAAAAAAGGGCGUUAUGCAAUCGCCGGUGUCUGGCUGCCUUCUAAGGGAAUAGCAACCAAUUUGCCAAAUGCGCCAAAUGAGUUGGCUGGUACAUUUUGUUUUUGGCUUUUUGCACACCGGCCAAGGUGAUAAGUUGGGGCGUACUCCGCAUUAGAGGCAUUAGUUAGUGCCCAUCCCGCUGAGCGUGCAGAAGUCUUCCGAUCGAGUCGCGUUAACAAAAUGAAACUCUUCCUUUUGCUCCUUCUAGGAGCCGUGGGCUCCGCUCUAGCCUAUCCGCGAACCUACAGUUACGACUAUCCCCGGCGCAGGGGAUACUCCUCCACGUACUCGGGCAGCUCGUACAAUUCCCUGACCAGUCGCAAGGCUAGAGAGGAGAGUACCACCAAAUCGGACAAGGAGAACGCCAAGUUUGCGGGUGCUUCCAAUCAGGAGUUGGAUGAAUCGAAUGGCGAUGAGCGCACCCUGCUGCUGAAGAAGAAACUAAAGCGAUUGGCGCGCCCAUAUCUCGGAGGUUACGGCGGAUACGGCGGCUAUGGAGGAUUCGGUGGAUAUGGAGGAUACGGUGGAUAUGGCAAUCCCUGCUCUCCCUUUGGUCGCGAUGCCAAGGGAAGCCAAAAGGAUCCCGACGAACAGGGCAGGUUCUUGUUUGAUGUGAAUGUUUACAAAGUGUAUCCUGGAGGAUGUCGUGGUUAUGGAGGUGGCGGACUUGGAGGACUUGGUGGCGGAGGCCUCCUAUCGGAUCCCGUGCCACAAGUGCCAGUUCCCGUUCCCGUGCCUGUGCGUCCGUAUGCUCCAUUUGCCACUUGGCUGUCGCUUUUUGCUCCUGGAGUCCUGCAGGCAGCCACCGUGCCAGGCGUACCUCUGGCUGAUCCCAUUCGUCCUGCUUCGGCUGCCGGAGAUCUGCAAAGCGAUCCUGCAGUAGAUCCAAGCUAUGCUGCACCGCCACCAGUUCGAAGACCUGUUCCCAAUCGGGUCUAUUAUGAUUCUGCAGGAGCGCCUCCUGUGACUCCUGCUCAAUUAGUUGGGGGUGUUGCCACAACCGUCAACGGAAUCAUCCAGCAGCUGACGGGACAAGUGCAGCCAGUUUACCAAACUGGAGCCUACAGGUCAAGAAGCCAGCGAAGCAACUACGGAUAGGCUUAACUUAACGAAUUUAAUAUAUUUUAAGAGAUAUGGUUUUUGUGUAAAUAAUUGUUAGAUAAGAAUAUAAGAACGACA